CACCAACGACUCACUUUGAUUAUGACGAUCGGAAAGAGCAUCGAUCGACAGCGCCUCCUCUCCCUGCCUAAAUAAACGGCCGCGCCCAUCCCCAUCCCUCUUCGUCAUCCCUACCUGACCCGUCUUUUGUUCCUUUCCCUCUUUCUCCCAACCUUCCCUACCUCUCCACGUUCUUAACAUUCCACUCUCUCCCUCGUGCACGCCCAGUAAUCAAACACACACAACAUCAAUAAUACCCUUUUAUCUUCUCAAAUUCCCUUAUUCCAUAAUCACAAUGCGUUUCUUCGCUGUCAUCGCUCUCCUCGCCUCUGUUGCCGUCGCCAGACCGGCUGAGAAUGGCGCCCUGAACGCGCUCAACGUCCAGGUUGCGUGCCUUGGACGCGACUACGGCGUUUGCGUUGGCGGCAACAUUACAGCCGCCGGAAACAGCUGCUGCCCUCCUCUGGUCUGCGGAUCUGACCGGAAAUGCCACUAAAUGCCAAACACCGAAGUCUGGGAUGUUGACGUCGAGAAAUAUUCUAGACUGUGAAGAUACAUGAUGUGUGCAGGGGUUGAAGGUGUGGUGUCGGAUACGCUGGCGUGGGAUGAAGGCAUCUCGAACGGCCGGGUUCAUAUUGUACUUGUCGAAUACGACUAAUAUGUGUCAAUAACAUUGCGAUGCUGACAAGCUCGCUCAAAAAUCUGAGUUGAGGUAGUCUAAUUAGGAAGAUAUACUAACUUUAUCCAUUGCCAUUA